CAGGACGUCCGAGUCACAGUCCGACGACACGUUCGACGACCCCUACAUGGUCCCAGAGCGCAAGGACUCUGGCGAUAUCGUGUGGAACCCGUUCGCGGACGGGCAGAGCUCGUUCUCCAAGGCCAUGAAUCGCUACUUCGAGAGCGGAGGGCAGUCGCGGAAGAAACGCAGAGCGUACAAGAUUGUGAGGAGCCGGCCUUUUUCUGUGGUGUCGUAUGCCGCGAUCAUGGCCAAUUCCUUGUUCAUCGGCAUCAGCAUGCAGCUCGAGAUGGACGCGGUGCAGAGCGGGACUGCGAUGAAGAAGUGGCCAGAGUACGUUGAGCUAGGCUUCCUGGUGUUCUUCACGAUCGAGUUGCUUUGCAAGGUGCUGGCGGAGGACGUCUACGUCUUCUUUGGCGGCGAUUGGCAGUGGAACCUCCUGGACACAAUCCUGGUGCUCUCAGCUCUUCUGCAGCUCAUGUUCGAGUUCGCGUCCGGCGCCGAUACGCCGAACCUGACGCCCGCCCGGAACAUCCGGCUCUUUCGCAUCAUGCGGGUCUUUCGCAUCACGCGGGUCUUGAAGGCAUGCCAGACCUUACGAGUCAUGAUUUUCUCAAUAUUUAAGUCGUUGGACGCGCUGGUCUGGGUAUUGGUGGUGCUCCUCUUCUUCAAGUACAUCUUCGCUAUGAUCUUUAUGCACGGUACCAUCACGUACUUCGAGUCGAAUCUGGACGGAAGUGGAGGUGAUCUCAGUCUUGAGGAGCAGCAAUUCUGGGAAUCCCCGUCUGAUCAUAUUGAUUACAUGAAGUGCGGUUGGAGCACCAUCGACCGGGCGCUCUUAAUCCUUUUCGAGAGCAUCACAGGCGGUCGGGAUUGGGGAGAGGUCUUCACCUCUUUGUUCAGGAUCGGCCCAGUGUACGGCAUCCUCUUCAUCGCCUACGUGCACGGCGGUGGAUACUUCAUGUCCUUCUUGGUUCUCAACGUUGUCAUCGGCACGGUCGUCGACGUCACGGCUGAUGUGGCCUCCAUGGACCGCGACAUGAUGGUCGACGACCAGAUCGCAUCUCUCAGGGGCUAUGCUUCCGACAUCAAAACGUUCUUCAAGCAAGCGGAUGCCGACCACUCGGGCUAUCUGUCCUGGAGGGAGUUCAAGAAUCACUUGGAGGAUGAUCGUGUGAAGGCGUACUUCCAGACGCUGGAUCUGGACAUUCGGAAGGCGCACACGUUGUUCAAGCUGCUGGACCGCAACGGCAAUGGAGAGGUAGGGAUCGAAGAGUUCCUCGACGGUUGCUUGCGCUUGAGAGGCCAGGCUAAGAGUCUCGACAUCCAUCUCGUCAUCUACCAGUUGGAGACCCUCAUCAAGGGGAUCUCGUGGAUGAUGCCCUCGUCAUAGAGCCCGCGCGAUUAGACCUGGGCUCCACGACAGACUGAAAGGUAGCCCCAGACCGUCCCAUGCCACCUCGAGUUCCCGCUCCAGCUAACUGGGACUACUUGGGGGGCCUGUUCCACCUGUCUAUGCGCAACCCGCAGCCUUAUUAGAGUCGGACGGACUCCGCACUCGCGCGUCAGCGUUUUUUUUCCAGUCUUCUAGGCACGAGAGAGAACGUAGCGCUCUUGGUCUUGACGGCAGUGUACAAUAUUCCCCCUCGCUGCGGUUACUAGCUGCUUCUGCACAAGGCGAGGUGAAGGCAAGUGUUCCUUUUCUCCUCUGGCUCGUGCGAGUCCUCCCCGAUGCCACUGAACUGCUUCCACCGCUGUGUGGAACAAGGAGCACGGCUCCAGCUGACGUGCUUAAAUAACUUCUGCCCUGCAUUCAGGUUUAAAAGACGACGUUACACACGACAGAACCAUUCGUCAGGAUCGCCCAGAUGCGUCUCCGAUGCGGUAUCGGGAAUUCCUCCCGUAUGCACGCGAGCAUUUCGCACAGUACCAGAAUUUGCACGAUUCCAGUCUCUUGUGGAGUUGGCGUUGAUAUUUAUAUGCCACCUUGACAUUGUUUCUGCGAUCGCUUGCAUGCGCCCUCUGCGCCACCUGUGCACCGACUCGCGCGAACAGUUGUCCUGGGCGCGGGCUCGUUCCCUCUCUCUCCCGCCUCGUCGCGCCCUCCUCUUGCCGCGCGCGCUUCCUCUCGCCCCCCUCCAUGCUUCUGCUGCCUCCCUCCUCUUGCCGCGCGCUUCCU